GGCGGUGCGGCCGCCCGUUACCCCCUGAGAAGCUUGCUCGCGUCGACGGGCGCCUGGACGCCUGGAUUUGAGGCUGGGAGCGCGGGAAGACGCGGCCCGGAGUGUGACCCGAUCGUUGCGAACAACGCUGCCCCGGGGCACAGCGGGAGGAGGGUGGAAACUGAGGCGAGGGUGGGGGACGGGCAAGGCGGCGCUUCCGGCUGGUGCGUGGAGCGUUCUGGGAGACAUAGUCCGGCCGGGGAGGGAAGGUCGGCGAGUGCGCAUGCUCAGGAGCGCGGAGCGGCCCGCUGAGCGCGGAGGUCUCGGGAUUCAACAGCACAGCAUCCAGUAGGCUCUCAAUAAGCAUUUGUCACUACUGUCCUCAUCGCAGCAGCCUCAUCCCAUUCCUCCCCCAGGGAGAGACACUGGCCUCAGAGCGCCAGCCUGGUCUUUCCAAUGAGGCCCACAGCUCUGGGCUCCCCGGGCCACGCACCCCCAGAAGAUGAGGGGCCCAUCACGGUGAAGCUGGAGGAGUCUGAGGAGGAGGGUGAAGCCGCCCCAUGGGAUCCCGGCCCAGAGGCUGCACGACAGCGUUUCCGGCACUUCCACUAUGAGGAGGCAGUGGGUCCCCGCGAGGCGCUGGCCCGGCUCCGUGAACUCUGCCGCCAGUGGCUGCGGCCCGAGGUGCACUCCAAGGAGCAGAUGCUGGAGCUGCUGGUGCUGGAGCAGUUCCUGGGCGCGCUGCCCCCCGAGAUCCAGGCCCGCGUGCGGGGACAGCAGCCAGGCAGCCCUGAGGAGGCCGCUGCCCUGGUCGAGGGCCUGCGCCGGGAGCCAGGAGGGCCCCGGAGAUGGGUCACAGUCCAGGUGCAAGGCCAGGAGGUGCUAUCAGAGAAGAUGGAGCCCUCCGACUUCCAGCCCCUCCCUCAAAUCACACCUCGGACUCCAGAACCUGGACUUGAGAUGCCCCGUGGGGCCACACAGGAGUCGUCACUGGGCCUAUGGGUGAAAGAGGAGCCUGGGGUUACAGAGGAUCCAGGUGAGGAGCUUCUGGACUCUGGGCCUCUAACCAACCCCCAGGAGGCCACUUCCACUGUCCUACCUGAGGAGGCCCAGGGCUGUGGCGUGGCGCUGGACCAGGCCUCUCCCCAUAGUGAGACUGGGCCUGAGGGGUCCUCAUGGACGGAGCACCCUGAGGCCCUGUGGCAGGAGGCAGCUGGGAGCAUCUUCUCCCCGGGGUUUACACUCCAGAUGGACAGCAUCUCUGCUGGCCCAGACACUGUGAGCCCCCACAUCCACCUCCCCUGGGACCUCGGCGUGGCCAGCCUCACGGGCCGACUCGAGCCACCCUCCCUCGAAGGUGGCUUCUCACACGCGCUGGUGCUCUCCAGCGACCCGGGAGGUGAGCAGGACCCCACGUACGAUCCCCGCCAGGGCGUGGGCCCCGGGCUGGCCGCCGCUCGCUGGCGUGCCGCCAGGGGCCGGAGCCGGGGUCGAGGUCGCCCCAGCACAGGCGCCGGAGCCGUGCGAGGUGGCCGCUGCGACGUGUGCGGGAAGGUGUUCAGCCAACGCAGCAACCUGCUGAGGCACCAGAAGAUACACACGGGAGAGCGGCCGUUCGUGUGCGGCCAGUGCGGCCGCAGCUUCAGCCGCAGCUCGCACCUGCUGCGCCAUCAGCUCACGCACACCGAGGAGCGGCCGUUCGUGUGCGGCGACUGCGGCCAAGGCUUCGUACGCAGCGCGCGCCUGGAGGAGCACCGGCGCGUGCACACGGGCGAGCAGCCCUUCCGCUGCGCCGAGUGCGGCCAGAGCUUCCGGCAGCGCUCCAACCUGCUGCAGCACCAGCGUAUCCACGGCGACCCCCCGGGCCCCGGCGCGGCACCCCCGGCGCCUCCUGGCGCGCCGGAGCCCCCAGGCCCCUUCCCGUGCAGCGAGUGCCGCGAGAGCUUCGCACGGCGCGCCGUGCUGCUGGAGCACCAGGCGGUGCACACAGGCGACAAGUCUUUCGGCUGCGUGGAGUGCGGCGAGCGCUUCGGCCGCCGUUCGGUGUUGCUGCAGCACCGGCGCGUGCACAGCGGCGAGCGGCCCUUCGCCUGCGCUGAGUGCGGCCAGAGCUUCCGGCAGCGCUCCAACCUCACGCAGCACCGGCGCAUCCACACGGGCGAGCGGCCCUUCGCCUGCGCGGAGUGCGGCAAGGCCUUCCGCCAGCGGCCGACGCUCACGCAGCACCUGCGCGUGCACACGGGGGAAAAGCCCUUCGCCUGCCCUGAGUGCGGCCAGCGCUUCAGCCAGCGUCUGAAGCUCACUCGCCAUCAGCGGACGCACACCGGCGAGAAGCCCUACCACUGCAGCGAGUGUGGCCUGGGCUUCACGCAAGUCUCGCGGCUCACCGAGCACCAGCGCAUCCACACAGGCGAGCGGCCCUUCGCCUGCCCGGAGUGCGGCCAGAGCUUCCGGCAGCACGCCAACCUCACGCAGCACCGGCGCAUCCACACGGGCGAGCGGCCGUACGCAUGCCCUGAGUGCGGCAAAGCCUUCCGCCAGCGGCCCACGCUCACGCAGCAUCUGCGCACCCACCGGCGCGAGAAGCCCUUUGCCUGCCAGGACUGUGGCCGCUGCUUCCACCAGAGCACCAAGCUCAUCCAGCAUCAGCGCGUCCACAGUGCAGAGUAGCCAGUGUGCGCUGCACCCCCUCUCCGCCCUCACCUCGUUCCUUCGUGCGGGGGGGGGCUGCAGAACACCUACCUCGCGGGGAUGCUGUGAGGCCUGUGAUCACGUGGGUACAAGCCAGCCCUCUUAGGGCCCGGUGCCCAGUAGGUGCUCAAUAAACAGUACA